AUGCAACCCGAACUAUGCAUUCAGAUCCAACACGGAAAUCACCGAAUACACUACUUACGCAUCGUCUUGGGCCCUUUGAUUCUUCGAUGCCGUAGAGAAACACUAUAUUUCACAAGAAAUACGAUUACAAAAGUACAAUAUCAAAAACGGUGUCCUCACAUGGGCACUUGCACGGGUCUUAAAUGCGCUAAAAUUACCUUUAGUACUUUAGUCAGUGAGUUACACGAAGCUAAUAACUAUACCGGAAUAACAUACUGUUCUGAAUCCUGCGGCGGUCUAGGCUGCUCUUGCGGCUACCCAUCCUCAGGAUGUCUUUUUUACAGAAUCUACCAUGUCCCAGUAGACGAUGACAUUUACGAAGUCUUCCAAUGCCCUUCGUGGUUCGAGACCAUAUCACUUCAGGUGGAACUUCAUGAUCCGAAACACCGAUCAUAUACCUUUGAAUUGAAACCUUACACCACCAAACAAAUCAACAACGUCUCAAUUGAAGUCACCUCAUUCUCAUUCACGCCAAUCUCAUUACUCAAUCAACGAUUUUUCACUAAUAACAACUAUGCAUGCAGUUCAGACCCACGUCAUACCAACCACACCCACAACCAUACCAACUGUAUAAUCAAAGACACAUGUCACUGCAAUCCUGCAGAAGACUCCGUUAGCUGCUAUUGUACCAAUAACAAUGUCUCACGACUAGCACAAUUACAGAACACCUUUCCUCUACCAAUACAGGAAGGAUUAGUAUCCGUACAAGGCAUGAACAGUGUGCCUACAAUCUCUACACGAGUAGUCUCAGUACAGACAGCAAUUACAUUCGACCAUGCCCUGCAAGAAAUCACACAGGAAUUUCAAAAUUUUCAGUGCCGAAUACUGCCCCAACAACUGCUCGGCUGUUAUAACUGUGUCAAGGGCUCAAUAGCAACCCUCUUCUGUGAAUCAGACGUAAUGCACGCCACUGCUCAAAUUACCUGUGGCCUCCAACAAUUCACUUUGUCGUGUACAAAACAAGGAACCCAUAAUCAAGUACUUUUAUUCUUCAACAAGGCCCGCGUCUACGAAACAUGUAGAGCACAAUGCGGAACAUACAUCACGAUUUUCGAAUUGCAAGGAACACUCAAUUACGUGAACGGCUUCAAACCGCUAUGGAACUAUCAUUCACUCUUGGACACGAAAUACUUCUACCGAUUGCUUCCCUUAAUAUUGAAUUCGCAUUUCCAGACAUAUCACACUUCCUCGAUACCUGCAAGCAAUUCUUUAUUUACAGUUUGA